CGACAUUGUUGCAUUGUCGGCUUCCACACAAGAAGAAGAAGACGCUUGGGGGAGCCUGAAAGUCGUUGCUCCGUUUGUAUUCCUUCUAGCUAUUUUUCUGCUAACAUGCCGUAUGCUAACCAGCCUACGGUCAAAAUCACCGAACUUUCUGAUGAAAAUGUUAAGUUUGUCAUCGAGAACACGGACUUGGCGGUUGCAAACUCUAUUAGACGUGUCUUCAUGUCAGAAGUACCCACGAUAGCGAUGGACUGGAUCCAGAUAGAUGCCAACUCAUCAGUGUUACAUGAUGAGUUCAUCGCUCACAGAGUUGGUCUCAUCCCUCUCACCAGCGACGACAUUGUGGAGAAAAUGCAAUACUCCCGGGACUGUACCUGUGAUGAAUUCUGUCCUGAGUGUUCUGUCGAGCUCACACUGGAUGUUCGCUGCACUGAUGAGAAAACACGCAACGUCACCUCACGUGACCUGCUGUCCAACAACCACAGAGUCAUCCCAGUGACCUCCAGAAGUCGAGACAAUGAUCCCAGUGACGACGCUGAAAGGAAUGAGAUCUUGCUGGUAAAGCUUCGCAAAGGUCAGGAGCUGCGACUUCGAGCAUACGCCAAGAAAGGCUUUGGUAAGGAACACGCCAAGUGGAACCCCACGGCGGGAGUGGCUUUCGAGUACGACCCAGACAACGCACUCAGGCACACGGUCUACCCUCGACCAGAGGAAUGGCCCAAGAGUGAAUAUUCUGAAAUUGAGGAAGAUGAAAUCCAGGCUCCUUACGACCCAAAUGGAAAACCAGAAAGGUUCUUCUACAAUGUGGAAUCUUGCGGCUCUCUGAGACCUGAAACUAUCGUAAUGUCAGCGCUGGCCAUCCUGAAGAAGAAGCUGAGCGACCUGCAGACUCAACUCAACCACGAGAUCCAGAGCGAUGUGCUCACUAUAAACUGAAGAUUGUUUUUUGAAUCAUACAGAAGGGUGACACGGCAGUGCGGCUGGAUCAAAAGAGACGUCAGAGACGCUUUACUGAACUAAAAGUUGCUUUAUUACAAGCAAGCGUCACUAUUCAGGACUGCAGUUCCUAAAGGAGGUCAGGUCAGAAGAAUUAGACAUUCCUAACUCGGAGAAGCCAAACCAUCAGUUUUUAUGUUCGUCAUUCAAGUCUCUGUGUUUGUGCUAAAUCAGGCGAGCACAUCCUGACCAUAAAAGGAGAUGUUCGUGUGUAAGUGUCUGGAAAACAACUUAAAUGUUGGUGUUGGACUGUACAUGUAGUCUCUUCUCAAGGAUAGGGCUAUCAUUUUUGCAUUCCAAAGUCCCAAUUAGGGCCUCUUUCCUAUGAGAAGUGAUCCAAUCGACCUGCGAAAAGCAAACUUAAGGGGCCUUAUCUUAUGUGUUCAAACUGAAAUACUACUAUGUAAACUUGGCUUUCUCCAAGGUGAAUAUAAGCAUUCUCCACAUACCAAACAUAAUGGGUUCAUUAAUUCACUUAAAGACAAAGUGGAAAUUAUCCAAUAACGCCAAACACGAGUAAUACGUUUUUGAUCAUCAGUGUCCUACAUUUCUAAGAACCUGAGUAUCAUGUAUGCAUGAAAUGCAUGCAUUACACAUAUGAGCCACAUGAGGGCAGUAAUUACCUUUCAGGAGCCUCGUUGACAUUGGAUGCCCCGCUCAUGGACAGGAUGCGUCAAAGGUCAAAGAAGAUACCAUUUCAAGAGGAGUCCUCUAAAAAUAUUGUGGAAGAGCAAUGUAAGUUCUAUUGGGGGGGGGGGGGCAUGUUAAAGGUCAGUCACACUUUUCUAGCAGAUAUACAGGACUGUCUCAGAAAAUUAGAAUAUCGUGAUGAAGUCAUUAGUAAUGCAACUAAAAACAUAGAAAUGUCAUACAAUAUGGCAUCAACUGAAAUACUGCAAGCCUUUUAUUUUAAAAUUGCUGAUUAUGGCAUACAGCUUAAGAAAACUCAAAACAUAAUAUCUUAAAAAAUGUGAAUAUUUCCUCAGUCCAAAUUUUAAAAAAAGAUAUCAGCAAAACAAAAUCAAAUAUUUGAAAAUGUCAAUUAAUGCACUCAGUACUUGGUCAGGAAUCCCUUUGCACGGAUUACUGCAUCAAUACGGCGUGGCAUGGAGGCAACCAGCCUGUGGCAUUGCUGAGGUGUUGUGGAUGCCCAGGAUGCUUCAAUAUCGGCCUUUAGCUCAUUUGCAUUAUUGGUUUUGGUGUCUUUCAUCUUCUUCUUCACAAUACCCCACACAUUCUCUAUGGGGUUCAGGUCAGGGGACUCGGCAGGCCAAUCGAGGUCAGUAAUGCCAUGGUCAGUACACCAGUUGCUGGUGGUUUUGGCACUGUAGGCAGGUGUCAGAUCAGAUUUCGAGUUUUCUUAAAGGCCUACUGAAACCCACUACUACCGACCACGCAGUCUGAUAGUUUAUAUAUCAAUGAUGAAAUAUUAACAUUGCAACACAUGCCAAUACGUCCUUUUUAGUUUACUACAUUGCAAUUUAAAAUUUCCCGCCGAAGUGUCCUGUUGAAAACGUCGCGGUAUGAUGACCAGAGGUGGGUAGAGUAGCCGAAAAUUGUACUCAAGUAAGAGUACUGUUACUUUAGAGAUGUAUUACUCAAGCAAAUGUAAGGAGUAGUCACCCAAAUAUUUACUUGAGUAAAAGUAAAAAGUAUGUUGUGAAAAAACUACUCAAGUACUAAGUAACUAAUGAGUAACCUGAUUGUUUAAUGAUUACAGCAACAAAUAAUGCAUAAAAAUAGCAAUGAGUAAAUUCAGAGCUAGGAAUAUCUCUUAAGCAACUAAAACAAUAAUUAUAUAGUAUAUAGUACAAUAGUAUAUAGUUUAUAUUUAUUUUGCCGUUUUUGUUGACAUGUUAAAGGUGUUUUAAUGAAUAUACAUGCAUGUUUCACAUAUAGAUUGCUAUCUUUCAUGAAGACAAGAAUAUAAGUUGGUGUAUUACCUGAUUCUGAUGACUUGCAUUGAUUGGAAUCAGACAGUAUAGUGCGGACAACGUCCACGUUUUCAAAUGGAGGAGAAAAAAAGUUCCUCUUUUCUGUCUAAUACCACAUGAAAGUCGUUGGUUUUUGGCAUCUUAUUUGUCCAGCUUCCAUAUUCGUUUUUAUACACUUUACAAGAAAUACAUUGGCGGCAAACUCCGUAGCUUGUUAGCUUUUUUGCGCUGGCUUUCGAAAACUCUUAUUUUGUUAGCGCAGGCUCGAUGGAGCGGCACUUUUAUUGUGAAGACAGGAACUGUGCGAUCAGUCUUUAGGCUUCUGACGGGAAGUACGGUUGAAAUAAAAAGUGUCUUUUUUCCUUUAAACUUUUGAUUGAUUGGUUGAAACUUGUAUUAGUAUAUUACACAGUACAGUACAUAUUCCGUACAAUUGACCACUAAAUGGUAACACCCCAAUAAGUUUUUCAACUUGUUUAAGUCUGGUCAUGUGACCACCUGGCUCUGUUUGAUUGGUCCAACGUCACCAGUGACUGCAUGUGAUUGGUGAAACGCAGGCGUGCGUAGAUCCUGCUUUGAAUGUCUGUCAUAAACCAAAACAAACAUUAACAGAUCGAUAAAAAAAAGUAGCGAGCUGAAUGUAGAUAAAUGGAGCGGAGUAAAAGUAGCGUUUCUUUAUAAAUAUACUCAAGUAAAAGUAUGUUGCAUGAAAACUACGCGUAGAAGUACAAUUUAUCCCAAAAGUUACUCAAGUAGAUGUAACGGAGUAAAUGUAGUGUGUUACUACCCACCUGUGCUGAUGACGCGUGCAUUUGACCUCACCGGUUGUAGCGGACAUUUUUUACGGUGAGAAAAUUGUGCUAAAAGGUCGGCUCUUACCGUACACAUGAGCGCAGCUUGCGUCCUGCAGCUGCGGACUAUUACCUCCUCCCACCGGAGACACUGGCGGUCACCACACCCGUGGCCACAGCCCUCCGACUUUCAGGUACCAUAUAAUCUCACUAAAACACUAGUAACACAAUAAGCAGAUAAGAGAUUUUCCAGAAUUAUCCUAGUAAAUGUGUCUAAUAACAUCUGAAUCGCUCUCACUGCCCUCCCUUUUUUUAUUAUUUUUUUCCCCUAGUCCUAGGAUAGUAAGAGUGAACUCUUACUAUCCUCAUCCAGGAAUCUUUCAUCCUCACUCAAAUUAAUGGGGAAAUUGUUGCUUUCUUGUUCCGAAUCGCUCCAGCUGAUGGUGGCUAUGAUUGUAAACAAUGUGAGGAGCUCUACAACCAGUGACGUCACGCGCACAUCGUCUGCUACUUCCGGCAAAGACAAGGCUUUUUUAUUAGUUGAGAACUUUAUCUCGAUGUUCUCUACUAAAUCCUUUCAGCAAAAAUAUGGCAAUAUCGCGAAAUGAUCAAGUAUGACACAUAGAAUGGACCUGCUAUCCCCGUUUAAAUAAAAAAAUCUCAUUUCUGUAGGCCUUUAAGCUGUAUGCCAUAAUCAGCAAUAAUAAAAUAAUAAAAGGCUUGCAAUAUUUCAGUUGAUUUGUAAUGAAUCCAGAAUGUAUGACAUUUUCACGUUUAUAGUUGCAUAACAGAAAAUAAAGGACUUUACAGUAUCACAAUAUUCUAGUUUUUUGAGACAGUCCUGGUAUAUCUCACAUUUAACACAAUUGUCACAUUUAGCUAAAUUUCCUCACAUUUAAGUUUAGAUUAAAUGUUGACGAAGUAUAUUUAAAUUUUAAAUGUAAAUGUAAAUGCAAACCUAAAUGUUAAAUCCAUCCAUCCAUCCAUUUCCUACCGCUUAUUCCCUUUCGGGGUCGCGGGGGGCGCUGGCGCCUAUCUCAGCUACAAUCGGGCGGAAGGCGGGGUACACCCUGGACAAGUCGCCACCUCAUCGCCGGGCCAACACAGAUAGACAACAUUCACACUCACAUUCACACACUAGGGCCAAUUUAGUGUUGCCAAUCAACCUAUCCCCAGGUGCAUGUCUUUGAAGGUGGGAGGAAGCCGGAGUACCCGGAGGGAACCCACGCAUUCACGGGGAGAACAUGCAAACUCCACACAGAAAGAUCCUCAGCCUGGAAUUGAACCCAGGACUGCAGGACCUUCGUAUUGUGAGGUAGACACACUAACCCCUCUGCCACCGUGAAGCCCUAAAUGUUAAAUAUAAAUUCUAAAUGUAAGCAUUAAAACACCAAGUUCCUGGUGGUGCAGAUAACUGAGAAUAUGACUUGGUCCUUACACACCGGAGCUCUUGUAAAAAGAGCUCAGCAGCGCAUGUACUUUUUGCACAGCUCCCUCUCCCCAUUCUCACCACAUUCUAGAUGGCACUAUAGUGAGCCUACUGACCAACACCAUCUCUGUCUGGACUGGAGCCUACAAUGCCUCAGAUUUGAAGUCUCUGCAGAGUGGUGAGGACGGCGGUAAAGAUCAUCAGGACUCUUCUUCCUCCUAUCCAGGAGAUUGCAAAAAGCCGCUGCCUGACCAGGGCUCAGAAAAUCUGCAGAGACUCUUUCCACCCCCACCAAGGACUGUUUUCACUGCUGGACUCUAGAGAGGGGUUCGGCAGCCUCCAAAGCAGAACCUCCAGGUUUUGUAACAGCUUCUUCCCUCAGGCCAUGAGACUCUUGAAUUCAAUUCCCCCCCAAAAUGGAUUUACUCGCUAGGAUAUAAAGAUAAUAUAACAUACAUCCAUAAACCUAGAUGCAUAUGCAAAAGUGCAAUAUAUUUAUCUGUACAGUAAUCUAUAUAUUUAUAUCUGCACCUUAUUGCUCUUUUAUCUUGCACUACCAUGAGCUAAUGCAACACAAUUUCGUUCUUAUCUGUACUAUAAAGUUCAAAUUUGAAUGACCAUAAAAUGAAAGUCUGAGUCUAAAUGGUAAAUCUAAACCAAAAAGUUGAAUGUCAGCGCUAAAUCUCUCACCAAGUGUUAGGAUGUAUAUUUAUAGAAUGUCAAUAUUCCACCAAUCCGAGGCCUCUCAGCCAUGUAGAUCUAUAUUUAAAAUCUAUCCAUCUUUUUCCGGUUAUCCGAGGUCGGGUCACGGGCGCAGCAGCCUAAGCAGGGAACCCCAAACUUUCCUCUCCCCAGCCACUUCAUCCAGCUCUUCCCAGGGGAUCCAGAGGCGUUCCCAGGCCAGUCGGGUGACAUAGUCUUCCCAACGUGUCCUAGGUCUUUCCUGUGGCCUCCUACUGGCUGGAAGUACCCUAAUCACCUCCCUAGGGUGGCAUUCGGGUGGCAUCCUGACCAAAUGCCCGAACUACCUCAUCUGGCUCUUCUCGAUGUGGAGGAGCAUUGAUUGAUUGAUUGAUACUUUUAUUAGUAGUUUGCACAGUACAGUACAUAUUCCGUACAAUUGACCACUAAAUGGUAACACCCGAAUAAGUUUUUCAACUUGUUUAAGUCGGGGUCCACGUUAAUCAAUUCAUGGUACAAAUAUAUACUAUCAACAUAAUACAGUCAUCACACAAGUUAAUCAUCAUAGUAUGUUCAUUGAAUUAUUUACAUUAUUUACAAUCCGGGGGGUGGGAUGAGGAGCUCUGGUUGAUAUCAGAACUUCAGUCAUCAACAAUUGCAUCAACAGAGAAAUGUGGACAUUGAAACAGUGUAGGUCUGACUUAGUAGGAUAUGUACAGCCAGUAGAGAACAUAGUGAGUUCACAUAGCAUAAGAAUAAGAACAAGUAUAUACAUUAGAAGUACAUUUGAGUUGUUUAUAAUCCGGGGAGAUGGGAUGUGAAUGGAGGAGGGUAUUAGUAAAGUGUUGAAGUUGCCUGGAGGUGUUGUUUUAGAGUGGUUUUGAAGGAAUAUAGAGAUGCACUUACUUUUACACCUGUUGGGAGUGCAUUCCACAUUGAUGUGGCAUAGAAAGAGAAUGAGUUAAGACCUUUGUUAGAUCGAAAUCUGGGUUUAACGUGGUUUGUGGAGCUCCCCCUGGUGUUGUGGUUAUGGCGGUCAUUUACGUUAAGGAAGUAGUUGGACAUGUACUUCGGUAUCAGGGAGGUGUAGCGGAUUUUAUAGACUAGGCUCAGUGCAAGUUGUUUUACUCUGUCCUCCACCCUGAGCCAGCCCACUUUGGAGAAGUGGGUUGGAGUGAGGUGUGAUCUGGGGUGGAGGUCUAAAAGUAACCGGAUUAGCUUAUUCUGGGUUGAAUGAGAGUUCCCGCUAGAAUCCUCAAGGUGCUUUUGUUGACCAGAGAGGAGAUUCUGUAGAGGAAUCUCGUUCUUUGGUUGACCUUUUUGAUCACCUUGGUUGCCAUUUUAUCACAGGAAAGAUUAGCCUCUAGAAUGGAACCUAGGUAAGUGAUCUCAUCCUUCCUGGUGAUAACAAUGUCACCAACUUUUAUAGUGAAGUCACUGACCUUCUUAAGUUUGAUAUGGGACCCAAAUAGGAUGGAUUCCGUUUUACCUAAGUGUAUGGAUAGCUUGUUGUCAGCGAGCCAGGUGCAAAUAUUAAGGAGUUCGGCCCUGAGGAUUUGUUCCACCUGUGACUUGUCCUUGCCGGAUACCAGCAGGGCCGAGUCAUCCGCAUACAGGAACAAUUCACAGUGGCAUGCUGAUGGCAUGUCAUUCACGUAUAUUAGGAACAGUAAAGGUCCUAGUAUACUGCCUUGAGGGACUCCACAGCUUACUGAGAGGGGAGGGGACAUGGUGCCGUUCACCUCUACCACCUGUUUCCUCCCCUCCAAGUAAGAUUGCAUCCAGCUGGAUGAGGUUUCGUCGAAUCCGAUUGCUCGGAGCUUAUCCAACAGUAUAGCGUGGUUAACGGUGUCAAAGGCCUUCUGAAUGUCCAGCAUGACCAUGCCGCAGUAUUUUCCCGUGUCCACCUCAUGUUUGAUGUGGUCGGUCAGAUAGAGAAGGCAUGUGUCAGUGGAGUGGUUAGUUCUGAAGCCGGAUUGGAAUUUGUACAUGAGUUUAUUAGUAGCAAGGUAUCUAUCAACCUGUUCAUAAACUAUUUUCUCCAUUACUUUCGAAAUGGAACUGAGAAUAGAAACAGGUCGGUAAUUACCAGGUUCUAAUUUGCUUCCUUUUUUAUAAAGGGGGGUUACUCUUGCUAUCUUGAAAUCCUUGGGUACUUGGCCUUGUUUGAUUGAGAGGUUUAUUAUAUGAGUGAUUAUUGGGGCAAUGGUGGUGGCAGAGUCCAUGAGGAAUCUGGAGGGGAUAUUGUCAAGGCCGGUGGCCUUGUUUGGGUGGAGCGCGCUCAAUUUAUUAAGCACCUCGUUAGCUGAGACCAUUUCUAAUUUGAAAUUGUUGUUGACUACUCCUAGCUUUCUGUAGAAGGCUUUAAUGUGUUCUACACCAAAGCGACCAGAAUGUUGGGAUAGCUUGUUAACGAGAGUUGU